AUGAAAGACUCCGAUAUUAGUCAACUGUUACAUUAUUUACGUAUUGUAUUAGGUUAUUCACCAAAAUCACGUACUUAUAUCAUGGGUGCAAUUACUGAUUUUAAACAAAUCAGAUAUGGCAAAGUUUCAAUAUCAAAUAAUGAUUAUGAUUUUAUAGAUGCAGCGUCAUUACUACCGCAUCAGGAUAAAACGAAAUAUUUAUUGGAAUAUUUAACAAAAUGUUUUACGAUGGAUCGAUCACAUUUGGGUUACAAGAAAUUAGAACCAUUACCUGUAAAUAUUCUUAUUCAUAAUAAAUUAUUAGGAAUUGGUGCUAAUGCAAUGGUUUUUAAUUGUUCCGUUGAUAACGAUGAGAAAGAAGAAUAUGCACUAAUCAACGAUCUUGCCCUAUUCUUUCCAGGUUCUUGUUUUUCUUUACUUUCAGACAAGAUUCUUGUAUUCAGGCAAGAUUCUUUUCGACAGGAAAAUCAACAUCAUCGUACUCAAUUAUCUCUACAUCGUUUACUAAAUGAAUCACAUCAAUAUUCAUCUGAUAUUAAUGAAAAUUUUGAAAAUGAUGUUACUGUUGAUAAUUGA